CAAGCAACAACUUCCGCCAGCCACCCUUCCGACACCCUGCCUUCCAGAUAACCCCUCUGAACAACGACUUACUCUGUCAUGGCAGCAGCUAUAUCAGCCCUUAACGCGAAGAUUCGCAGCAACCCUGCGCUUAGCUACUUCUGCUCCACCCACUUUUGGGGUCCGGUCUCAAACUUUGGGAUCCCGGUCGCUGCUGUCUUGGAUAUCACUCGUAAAGACCCUGAGAUUAUCUCGGGAAAGAUGACCACUGCUUUGGUCGUCUACUCAGCUGUCUUUAUGCGUUACUCCAUGGCUCUCUUGAUUGAUGUUGGGGGAUUCACGCUAAUUAUUGCAGGUUGCCAUUUCGUCAACGAGUGUGCUCAAUUGGCCCAGGGAUAUCGUUAUAUCAAUUACUGGAACUACGGUGGUCGUGAGAGAUCACUUGCGGAAAAGGCGAAAGAGGCAUCCACGCUCACUGCUGCUACCACAGUUCCUGGGCCUGCCAAGAAUUAACUGGUUAUUCUUUCUCGGAGGAGUGGAUGGAGUUAAACUUUAGAUAUCACUUGUCAAGUUAUUCCGUGCUACUAGAGCUACAAAAAAAACAGGAGCCGUAUCUUUCCUUA